AAACGUCAAAUACACGUGGUUUUACGUUGUAGUUGUUUAGCUUAAUUUUUGUUGCAUUAAUUCACCCUUGUGAAGUAAAACACAAUCAACAUGAAGAUUAAAAAGCAGCAUCGUAAAAAGAAGUUCCUUCACAAACUAAAUCGCAAAAGAAUGCAUCUUAAACAACGCAGUACUGGUCAAGUAAAUUGUAAAACUCUUAAGGAAGCCUGGGACAUGAAAAAGUCGACACUUCGUAAUCUUAAAGAGAUGGGACUUGCGAAUGAUCCUAAUAAAGCGAUAAAAAUUCCGAAUUACAAACAGGAACAGUUAAAACGGGCUAAAAAAAUUGUCAACCAGGAGGAAUCGUCCGAAUCGGAAGAAGAUACUGAAGUGAAUAUAAUUCCUAAAAAAGAAGUUGUGGAAAGAUUAGAAAAAGAAGCCCGAGCACCAAGGGAAAGAAGAUUCAUGUUACCCAAAGGCCAAGUGGAAUACCUCACAUAUUUAUUAGACAAAUAUGGCCAUGACUAUAAAGCAAUGGCCAGAGACAAGAAAAACUUUUAUCAAGAGACCUGGAAGCAAAUUCGGGCCAAAAUGAAAACAUUUAUGGGGAUCCCAAAACAAUAUGGAGAGUAUUUGCAAGCUAGAGGGUUGUUGGACAAAGAGAUUGAUGAGAAGGAAUUGCAGGAACAGGCAAAAGCAUUGGUUAUGGAUGAUUAGUAAAGAUA